UCUCUGCUCAUGUUGACAGCUUCUUUUGACAGCCACAUUGAGAUCAGAGGAGCAAUUUCCAAUGCAACACCACAAUGCCUCUUACUUCAGUGUACUUUACACUUUAUAUUCUGUCUAAAUUAGUGACAGUUCGCUGCUACACUUAUCAAACCGAACCUCUUUUUCUGUCUUUCUCUGAAUUGGCUGCCCUUGAAGCGGCAGAAUCUGUGCACCAUACAAACAAACUUCACUUUGAGGAUCACAAGGUCAAGACAUUUGUGUUGAAAUGUCACGAGGACAGCAUCGAGGUGGUGAUGAAAGCCUAUCUGUUUGACCCCGGCCUGCCUGUGGAGCCCACGCACUUGAGGCUCGGACGUUUCAGUGCUGCACGAGAUCACUGCACGGCCAAAGUGUCUGGAAACGGGGAGUACGUCAUCAGGGCACCUCUGACUGAGUGUGGGAGUAAAGUGACGUUCACCCAGAGUGCUGUGCUGUACAACAACCUGCUGCUGUACUCUCCUCCUCCUACGUCACCUAGAGACGUGUUGCAAGCAGAAGGAGCUGCUAUUCCAGUCCAGUGUGAAUAUGGAAGGAGGUACACAGUGAGCAGCGGGGCCCUGAAACCAACCUGGAGUCCAAAGAUCUCCAUCCAGUCAACACAUCUGGACCUGGACUUCCACCUCAGGCUCAUGAUGAAUGACUGGAGCAGCGAGAGAAAGUCAUCCAUUUACUUCCUGGGUGACGUGGUCAACAUCGAGGCCUCUGUAGAUCAUCAUCACCCUCCUCUUCGUCUGUAUGCAGACAGCUGUGUGGCCACUCUGACCUCCGAUGUGAACUCUUACCCCAGAUACCCCUUCAUACACCACCGGGGAUGUUUUGCAGACUCACAGCUGGACGGCUCCAGCUCCCGUUUCCUGCCCAGAGUCCAGGACCAACUCCUCCAGAUUCAGCUGGAACCUUUCCUCUUCCACCAGGACCACAGGCACUCUAUUUAUAUAACAUGUAACCUGGAAGCAGAGCCCAUUUCACACAAGGACCCAGUGAAAAAGGCUUGUUCUUUCAUGAGUGGGAGGUGGAGGUCAGUGGAUGGUGAUGACCGUGUCUGUGAGAGCUGCAGCAGCAUUAAAGAGACAAAUCACAGCAGCGGUGUCAAGUCCAACCACAAGAGGGCGCUGAGGAGCAAAACAAGGCGCAGACAAACUGAGCUGCACGGGGAAACCAGUUUGGGUCCAAUAAUAUUUCUCCCUUUAAUGCGAACUACAGUGGGAAAACACAAACAUCUGUAUUAAAGUGACUGAAUUUAAUAAAAAAUGUUUAAGCACCUGUGA